GAAACCACUGUGGUCUCAGACAUCCCCAGCCAUGAUUGCAUAAUUGGCCCAUUUCUUGCUGUGCCCUCACAAAGCCCCAUGGUGAAGUCAUGGCAAGACCUGUCUAUAUAAGACCCUGGCUCGGCUGGGUGUUUGGUCUUUACAGCCCAGGAAGCCUUGGUGACCUGUCGGCCUUUGACCCUAGCUAGUUUGAUUUCGAUUCUCUUUUUUUCAUUUUGUUUAUUUUUUUAUUUUAAUUUUUCUUUUUUCUCUACUCCUUUUCUCUCCCAACUUUUUUUUGCCUUUUUCUGUUUUUACUUUUUUCUUUUUUUUCUCCUUUUUUAGUUUUUCUUUUUCUCAACUUUUCUUCGUUUCCUCGCUUCAUUUUCUUUGUGUGUGUGUGUGUGUGUGUGUGUGUGCGCGUGUGUGUUUUUCAUUUGUUUUUUUUUUUUGUGUGUUAGCGUUUUAGUACAGUUAGUAUAGUUCAUAUUGUUAGUAUAGUUCAUAUCCAUAGUAUUGUUAGUAUUGGCAAAUUUUGUAGGUUGUUAUUGUUGGUUAGCAUAGUCCGUGUAAUUAGCAUUAUUUAGCGUUAGUAUAGUUAGUAGGUCACCAUGCUUCAGGGGCGUAAGGCCAUUACCGCUGGUGAGGAGGACUUCUGUAUUUAUGAGAUCCCCGAGAUCACCAGUGAGGGCAGCGUCCCCCCCAGGAAGCAGUCUGAUGUGACGUUCAUCAAGAAAACCCAGAAGGACCCCGCUGGCCUCCAGGGACUUUGUCGUGAAGCCCAGAAUAUGAAGACCUCAAGUCACCCAAGUGUUGUCAAGUCACUUGAGGUGAUCAACACCAAGGAAACGUUGGUUCUCCUUUCAGAAUACGUAAGCAGAGACAACCUGCGUGACGAUUUUACGCACCAUGGCCAAGUGACGGAGGAGGUUCCAGACACAUUCUGCCGGCUGUUAUCGGUGGUGGAGUACUGCCACCAACAAGGUAUGAUAGGCGGGUAUCUGAAGCUGGAGACACUGCUUUUUGGCAAGAAGCUGAAGGUAAAACGCACGGGGGUUGGACUGAGCAUCCAGUUUGCUGGCUACAAACUCCACACUUUCUGGGACAGCCCCCCUUAUUCUGCCCCGCGACUCUUCCUGCAGCAAAGGGAGGACACCCCUUCUGCAAGCGCUUGGAACCUGGGGGUGGUUUGGUACUGCUUGGCCACCGGGUUGGAGCCGUUUGAGGGGGAAGUCUUCUGGGACGCGGAACGAAAUAUCGAAAACAGGGAGCACAGUGCUCUGGUUUUCAUGUCCCUGGAGAGUGAAAACAUGUGGUACACGUUGACAACUAUCCAGCCCACGAUCAACACACCAACCACAGUCCGCUGCUGGAGCUCCCUCGCAACCUGUUCCAGCACAGGCCUGUCCUCAGAGCGGAGUAGUCUGACCUCCGAAGGGACCAGCAUAGGGACCACGAUUAGCGGGCCCAGAUGCAACUUGCCAGCCACAAACUCCGACACCAGCAGUGAAUACAGGCAGCCAGGGAGGAUGUCCCUAGAGCCAAAAAAUCAGGUUCUCAAACCUCUCAAUAAAUUAAAAAAUGUAUUUAAAAAAAAUAACAAAAUACAACCCUAAAAAAAUGUAAAUAAAUGA